GUCACUUACUGGUGUCAACAUCGCUGGGCUGGUGCUCGCGUGUGGGCCAUCGCUCAUGAUAUUACCGCCUGCAGUCCGCUGCUGCUGGCUGAUAACAAACAUAUUUCUCAGAGAUAAGCGUAUCGGAUAUCGCCUUGACGGGAUUAGUGUCAGGUUUUCUUUAAAAAACACCAUACGUUCGUUUCUGCCAAGCAGUCAACGUUCCGUUCUCAGCAGUUAAGCAAGUGUCAACGCGGUUAUCACUAGCUUAGGUGCUCAACAUACUGUUUCACUUUGCGUCCAAUUGAAUUAGAUUCACAAUCUCGCAAUGGACUUGAUGUCGAUGGCUCAUGACGAUGGGCAUACAGGCGCUGCCGCCCACACUUGUCCCAUGAUCAUGGUGUUUCAUGGCGGCCACUGCGAGCGAAUUCUGUGGCGCAGUUGGGUGGCCUACACCGUUACCGAGUUCGCCUUCUCCUGCAUUGCCUUCUUCGCGAUGUCUUUCCUGUACGAGUUGCUGAAGUUUCUGCGCGUUCAACUGGUUCGCCGUGAAGCACGUAAGGAGGCUGAGCAACUGGCCGAGGAGCAGCGUCGCAAGGCUUUGGGCGACUGCAACGGCUGUUCUGAGACGCAACUGGCCGAAAUCAAGGAUAAGACCUAUUGGCAGCGCAUCUUCAAUAUGCCUCACAUCAUACAAACCCUCUUGACCUUCAUCCAACUCAUCAUCUCCUACUUGCUCAUGUUGGUCUUCAUGAACUUCAACUAUUGGCUGUGCCUGUCCGUGAUUUUGGGCCUCUCUUUUGGCUACUUCUUCUUCGGGUAUGUCCAGAAAGAUCCGAAGGAUAGCGACUGUUGUCCAUAGUCUGGACCCCAUUAAACCUAAGCUCACACUUUCGGCCUACUAAAUCGGAAUUAAUUACAAUUUUAAUUCCUCGCAAUAUUACUGUAAAUACAUAUACUCAAGACAACCGCAAUCAACACUGAGUAUACUCAAAUUGAAGAAUGGACGGCAAACGGGAUUAUUAGACACGAACAACACGAACCCAUAGCAUGGAUGAUACGGGUAGAUGAUCAUUUCAACGUCUCAUUUUAGCAGCAGGGCAUAUAUCAAAGUACCGACUGGAGAAUUUACAGCAGCAGUCGUUUCUCGCGAAUAUUACGUGCACCUGACACACUCCGCUUGCGCAACCCAUCUCAUCACAUAGUUCACGGCUCAUAAUGCUUGGGAAUCAUCUCUUCUAUCCACUUAUCAAACGAGAUUGAGCGAAUUCCCAAUUCACUGGACUUGGUAUCAAAGCUGAUACCUAAUGACAAUGAAAGCAAAUUUGAUCUAGCAUCAGACCUUCCCCUCUUUCCACUUUCCACUAAUCAUCAUCACUGGGUUGGAUGUAAAACUAAUAUGCUUCAUACAAUGCUGACAUGCGCACGUUCACACAUAUAUUUCUAACCUCUUUUUAACCUAAAACACCUACUAACACUUUCUGCCUAUCCUAAUUUUGUUCUUUCCCUUUUUGUCCUUAUCUAUCCUUAUCCACAUCCACAUCCUUACUAUCCACUUUCACAUUCUUAUUAUCCAGUGUCUUUAGCCCUACACUAUACAACCUAUCCUACACAGAUAACAUUGCUGUCAUUUCAUUCAUUCCAUCAUGACUUCAAUCAUACAGCCUAUUUGGGAACACGGCUGCUCCAUUUGGCCAACAGCUGCUGCAUACCUCAUUGAGAAACCGCAACAAAGUGAAUACCACACAUGGUGGGACACUACUGGGAAACCAGAAAUAAAGACACAAACUUAAAGUCAAGCACAUUUAUGUUAUUCAAAGCACCUGCACCACACAUAGGCAAAGCAUGCACCUAACCCUUACCCUCUAGCACACACUCCCUCCUUCACACUUAGCACCUCGUAUCCCUAACCUGGCACAACCAUCCAACUGCACAGUUCCUCGCGAACAUCCAUGCACAUCCCCACUCCAGCACUUGCACUUCCACACAAAUUCGCACUUAAUAAAAAAAUGAUUUGUUAAUGAGUAUCAGAAUAGUGUCUUAAAGCUCGAAGCUACACUCUAUAAUAAAGUAUACUCAGAAAAGAAGAAAGAUUGAGGUAAGCUCCACCUUCAAUCAGAGCAUAA